UUUAAUUUUUUAUUAAUAGUUUAUUAAAAUAUGAAAAUUGUAGAAAAUGGCUAGAAAUCAAGGAAAAGAAAAAGCGUUUUUUAGAGGGUUAUUGAGCGGCAAUAGUUCUAGGCCUAAUUUACUGAGAGGGGGGUUAUGGGUUCUACAAGGUGAGCCAGGCAGGAACAGGCGGCCAGACAUAGUCAGGCCCAACGUUCGAGUACCCUAGACCAUGUGCAUAGUCGCUUUGAGUGCUAGACUAGCCUGCGUAGUAAUAUGGUCAGCUCAGGUGACGAUGAUACUGAUUACGAAGAUUCUGUUAGUCGAGAAGAGUCUGUCGGUCAGGAUGAGUCUGCCGGUCAUACUGUUGAUUUGACGCUCAUCAGAGAGCAUGCCGAUCAGUUUAGGAUUAGAGGGCAUAGCACGGCUAGCACUUCUGAUCACGCAGAAGUCAGCCAGGUUGAGGAUGCGGCUCCACGGGGGAGGAGGCGCUCACAGUCCGCGGACAUGGACUGCUUGAUCACAUCACCCCAGCCCGGGGGCCCUUCCUUUACGGUUUGGUUUCGUUAAGGGGUUGAAAAUUCAGGGGUGUUACACUGUUGACACCACUUUAAUACCCAGCUAUAGUGGGCACGUAGCAAAGGUUAUAUUUGAGGGAUCGGAGCGCACGCCUCCGAUUUUGGAAUGUCGUCCUAGGAAGAGGACGUUGGAUGCAAUCAUCAGACUACAGGACAUGUCUGAUGAGCUGUACGGGGUGUUACCUGUCACUCCUCUAGGUCGUUUGCCGUAUAUAAUGCACCAAUAUAUUGAUAGUGCUCUUAUUACGGCAUUUGUGGAGAGGUGGCAGCCUGAUACCAACACCUUCCACAUGCCAUGGGGGGAGAUGACCAUAAUGUUGCACGACGUGCAACGCAUUUUAGGAGUUGGCAUUGACGGUUCACUUCCCGCUGAACCUGCUGGUGGUGACUGGAAGCUUGGUCUGGCUGGUCUGUUUGGGGAGCCAAUUUCGGAGCUGCGUAGGAAGGGGUACUUCACCAGCGGAAGCAUUAAAGUUGGUGAAAUGUUGCAGCUAUGCCACCGUUCUCAGUCUCUGGAGACUCAGGCUACUGCGUAUUACAUGGCUAUAGUGGGUUCCACGCACUGGUGGAUAAGACUAGAGUCGGGAUGCGACCUCACCCUAUACUUGCUGUGACUGCUGAUCAGGAUGAGAUUGCUUGGGGUGCAGUGACGCUGGCUAACAUGUAUCACCAACUGGGUAUGGCGACAAGGACUGGGUGCAAGACUAUUGCUGGUUGUCUGACACUGUUGCAGACAUGGAUUUACGAGUACUUCUCAUCCUUCUGCCCCCCAUCCUCGUCAAGUUGAUAUGCCUAAUAAGACUAAGGCGGAGAUGUGGUCCCCGCAGAAGCCAAUCCGUGAGCUGAGCAGACUGAGAGACUGUAGGAGUAUACUGGACUCCAUGACAGAACACAGAUUUUGUACAUGACCUCACACAUCGUUAUACUAAUUAUUUUAAUUUUAUAUUAUGUUGUUUAUGUUAAUUUUCUUUGUAAGCAAGUGGAAUGGACUCCGUACAUGACUUCUCCUAAGGCUUUAUUGAACGAGCACCCAUGCACCGCCUAUAUCAGGGGUAUCACCUGUUUUGAUAUCGUGGAGGUGUAUUUGCUUGAGAGGACAGUCAGACAGCUUGGUUUUGCAUAAGCUAUUCCCCCCCUCCGUUGAGACCUACCCAAGCUCUGCGACCAGCACAGGGUUCCUAUUCAGUGACAUUCGCUUCUAUGUCUAUGUACACAGAGAUGUGGAGUAGGUUCCCCUAUUGUGCCCGCGUUGGUGAUUAGACACUGCGUCGAGCAUCGGUUCCAUCAAGGUUGUCCCUGAGUAUAUCGACUGGUUUAGAGUGUCUUCCCACACAUUUCUCAUCCCCGGUGAAGGACCUACUGCUGCGUUUGGUGCAGCGGAUAACAGAGUUGAAUACUUUGCAGCUGAAUUUCCAACUCGACUCGCACCAUUGCUCAGGAUGCCAGCUGUUGUUGAUAUGACGCUCCGGGAAAGACAGGUUGUUGAUAUGUAUUUGGAUGAACUUAGAGAUUUGUUUGCCGAAUGGCAAGCGUUUAGAGAGCACAACCCAGACAUUUAUGUUUGUAUUGAUGAAGAAUUUGUAUUAUUACGUGUUACGUUUGAUUCA